UGGGGGGGAGGGUGGAAGAGUUUUGGAGGGGAAAAAAUUGAGAUUAGAGACUCACUGGGUGCAGAAUAGAAAAGGACGUGAGGAUAGGGGCCAUUAGACAGAAAGCGAUGAAGCAGGGUACCAAAGGAAAGCGAAGGGAGUGAGGGUUUCCGAAGCUAAGAUGGGGCAUGGAAUGAACUCCAAUGCAAAGCGAUGCUAAAGCAAAAUACAAUCGGCAACUAACAAAAACGGAACCAGGAGGAAGUACCGAAAGGAGGUGGAUGAGAGAAAAUAAAACCAAGGAAGAAAUUAUGGAGGUAACAAGAGUGAGAAACCUGGUCGGCCAGGCUCCUCCGUGCAGUCCCGGGUAGAGAGCCCGGUUCCUGCGCUAGUCGAUUUGUGCAGUAGGAAAGGAGGCUGCAGGGGAUCUGCGCUGGGGCAGGACAGCUGCCUUUCGGGACCCAGUGCUUGCAUCUUGGGAGAUGGAUGUGAGGCUGGAGAAGUUGACAAGGAUCAUGUCCAAGGAAAAGUCAAACUUGAACAAAAAGAGGAACAUCUCUUCUGGUGAGACUGGAGAAAAGGAUUUAAGGAAUAACUGACCUCAAAUUUGUAACCGUUCUGCUUUUUGCCACCCAACAUACCCUGCAGUGACUCUCAAACCUGUACCUGAGGAAAGUGGUCCACUCCCACCAGUGAGAAGACUCACAGAGCAGCAGGGAUUCUUAGCUAGAGGGCAUAGCCAUUGAAGGAGAUGAAAACGGAAUCUCCUGGAAUGUGUGUGAUUUCAAAAAGCUCCCCAGUGGAGACCAGGUUUCACCAUGUUGGCCAGGCUGUUCUCAAACUCCUAACUUCAGGCAAUCCACCUGCCUCAGCCUCCCAAAGUUCUGGGAUUACAGGUGUGAGCCACCACAACCGGCCAUAAUGUUAUGCUUUUAUAAGACUGGCAGCACAACAUUUGUUUAUACCAGCAUCAUCACAAACUUACUUUACCAAGCAGACGCUGCUGGAAAAACAAGAACUUUGCUUGUCUGCUGUUAAGAUGCCAGAAAAAUGAUGAAAAGAGCACAGCUUCAGCUGAGAAAAAGAAAAGUUGGCAGACUGUGGAGAAGAAUAACAAAGUAGUGAAAUGUGAAACCAGAGUUUGAACCUCAGCAGUUUGACUCCAACUCCGUGCUGGAGGGUGCACGGUGAUUAGGAACUGGUGUGGAUUCUCAGCGCAGCACAACUGCUUCACAGAAGAGUGUCUGUGUGUCCGGAGUUGUUUCCUUCCCAUGGGUUCAUUUGUGGUCUCGCUGACUUCAAGAAUGGAGCCGUGGACCUUUGCAGUGAGUGUUAUAGCUCUUAAAGAUGGCAUGGACCCAAAGAGUGAGCAGCAGCAAGACUUAUUGUGAAGAGUGAAAGAACAAAACUUCCACAGCAUGGAAGGGGAUCAGAAUAAGUGACAGUGACCCAUCAUGUUUGCCUUUGUAUCUCAAGAGCCUGUUUCAUGAAUAUUUGUCAAAUUGACUUGAAGUUCUGGGGAUAUGGCUUAAAGCACUUACUAUUUAAUACCCUGUGUUUUAAUUAUUAAGAACGGAGAACAUCUGGCUGGAGGUACCAGGUCAGCUUUGUGGAAGAGAUGGGGGUUUGUUUGAGAAGGGCUUGGAAACACUGGGCACGCAGCAUGCUAGAGAGAAGGCACCCUCACUUGAUUUCAAAUUCUACUUGAAGAGGAUUCACUAUAGUGGGAAGGAGACGGGCAAAUGCGGAAUUGAGAUCUCUAAAGCAAUGAAAGGAUUUCCCAAACACUUCAUUAUAAUGAAAAAUCCCUCUCUCCUUUCUUACCAGAGGACUGUUGGCAAACAAAGAAAAUCAACUGGGAAAAUGAAGACCUGCUGGAAAAUUCCGGUUUUCUUCUUUGUGUGCAGUUUCCUGGAACCCUGGGCAUCUGCAGCUGUCAAGCGUCGCCCCAGAUUCCCUGUCAAUUCCAAUUCUAAUGGUGGAAAUGAACUCUGUCCAAAGAUCAGGAUUGGCCAAGAUGACUUACCAGGGUUUGAUCUGAUCUCUCAGUUCCAGGUAGAUAAAGCAGCAUCUAGAAGAGCUAUCCAGAGAGUAGUGGGAUCAGCUACAUUGCAGGUGGCUUACAAGUUGGGAAAUAAUGUAGACUUCAGGAUUCCAACUAGGAAUUUAUAUCCCAAUGGACUGCCUGAAGAAUACUCCUUCUUGACAACAUUUCGAAUGACUGGAAGCACACUCAAAAAGAACUGGAACGUUUGGCAGAUUCAGGAUUCCUCUGGGAAGGAGCAAGUUGGCAUAAAGAUUAAUGGCCAAACACAAUCUGUUGCAUUUUCAUACAAGGGACUGGACGGAAGUCUCCAAACGGCAGCCUUUUCGAAUUUGCCCUCCUUGUUUGAUUCCUGGUGGCAUAAGAUCAUGAUUGGCGUGGAGAGGAGUAGUGCUACUCUUUUUGUUGACUGCAACAGGAUUGAAUCUUUACCUAUAAAGCCAAGAGGCCCAAUUGACAUUGAUGGCUUUGCUGUGCUGGGAAAACUUGCAGAUAAUCCUCAAGUUUCUGUUCCAUUUGAACUUCAAUGGAUGCUGAUCCACUGUGACCCCCUGCGGCCCAGGAGAGAAACUUGCCAUGAGCUGCCAGCCAGAAUAACGCCCAGCCAGACCACCGACGAGAGAGGUCCCCCGGGCGAGCAGGGUCCUCCCGGGCCUCCAGGCCCACCUGGAGUUCCAGGCAUCGAUGGCAUCGACGGUGACCGAGGUCCUAAGGGCCCCCCGGGCCCCCCGGGUCCUGCAGGUGAACCGGGAAAGCCAGGAGCUCCAGGCAAGCCUGGCACACCUGGCGCUGAUGGAUUAACAGGACCUGAUGGAUCCCCUGGCUCCGUUGGGCCAAAGGGACAAAAAGGAGAACCUGGUGUGCCUGGAUCGCGUGGAUUUCCAGGCCGUGGUAUUCCUGGACCCCCUGGUCCUCCUGGGACAGCAGGACUCCCUGGAGAGCUUGGCCGUGUAGGACCUAUUGGUGACCCUGGGAGAAGAGGACCACCUGGCCCCCCUGGCCCCCCAGGACCCAGAGGAACAAUUGGCUUUCAUGAUGGAGAUCCAUUGUGUCCCAAUGCCUGUCCACCAGGUCGCUCAGGAUAUCCAGGCCUACCAGGCAUGAGGGGUCAUAAAGGGGCUAAAGGAGAAAUUGGUGAACCAGGAAGACAAGGACACAAGGGUGAAGAAGGUGACCAGGGAGAACUGGGAGAAGUUGGAGCUCAAGGACCUCCAGGAGCCCAGGGUUUGCGAGGCAUCACUGGCAUAGUUGGGGACAAAGGGGAAAAAGGUGCUCGGGGCUUAGAUGGUGAACCUGGGCCUCAGGGUCUUCCUGGUGCACCUGGUGAUCAAGGACAGCGAGGACCUCCAGGAGAAGCAGGUCCCAAAGGAGAUAGAGGCGCUGAAGGUGCUAGAGGAAUUCCUGGUCUCCCUGGGCCCAAAGGAGACACGGGUUUGCCAGGUGUGGAUGGCCGUGAUGGGAUCCCUGGAAUGCCUGGAACAAAGGGUGAACCAGGAAAACCUGGGCCUCCUGGUGAUGCAGGAUUGCAGGGGUUACCAGGUGUACCUGGAAUUCCUGGUGCAAAGGGUGUUGCUGGUGAAAAGGGUAGCACUGGUGCUCCAGGGAAGCCUGGUCAGAUGGGAAAUUCAGGCAAACCGGGCCAACAGGGGCCUCCAGGAGAGGUGGGACCCCGAGGACCCCGGGGGCUUCCUGGCAGUAGAGGAGAAUUAGGACCAGUGGGAUCCCCAGGCCUACCAGGUAAACCGGGUUCUCUGGGUAGCCCUGGCCUCCCUGGCUUGCCUGGGCCCCCUGGACUUCCUGGAACGAAAGGUGACAGGGGUGUCGUCGGUGAACCGGGUCCAAAGGGUGAACAGGGUGCCUCUGGUGAAGAAGGUGAAGCAGGAGAAAGGGGGGAACUUGGAGAUAUAGGAUUACCUGGCCCAAAGGGAUCUGCAGGUAAUCCUGGGGAACCUGGCUUGAGAGGGCCUGAGGGAAGUCGGGGGCUUCCUGGAGUGGAAGGACCAAGAGGACCACCUGGACCCCGGGGCGUGCAGGGAGAACAGGGUGCCACCGGCCUGCCUGGUGUCCAGGGCCCUCCGGGUAGAGCACCGACAGAUCAGCACAUUAAGCAGGUUUGCAUGAGAGUCAUACAAGAGCAUUUUGCUGAGAUGGCUGCUAGUCUUAAGCGUCCAGACUCGGGUGCCACUGGGCUUCCUGGAAGGCCUGGUCCUCCUGGUCCCCCUGGCCCUCCUGGAGAGAAUGGUUUCCCAGGCCAGAUGGGAAUUCGGGGCCUUCCGGGCAUUAAGGGGCCCCCUGGUGCUCUUGGUUUGAGAGGACCUAAAGGUGACCUGGGAGAAAAGGGGGAGCGUGGCCCUCCAGGAAGAGGUCCCAAAGGUUUGCCUGGAGCUAUAGGUCUCCCAGGUGACCCAGGCCCUGCCAGCUAUGGCAGAAAUGGCCGAGACGGUGAGCGAGGCCCCCCAGGGGUGGCAGGAAUUCCUGGAGUGCCUGGACCCCCGGGACCUCCUGGGCUUCCCGGUUUCUGUGAGCCAGCCUCCUGCACCAUGCAGGCUGGUCAGCGAGCAUUUAGCAAAGGGCCUGACCCUUGAAAGGCUUACUGCUGCAUGGCUGUCUGCAUGAACCACGCCUGGUGGAGGAGCUUGGAUGAGAAGCUGGGGCAAAGAUGAUUACCUUCAGCACGAUUACAAUGUAUUACCUUCAGUAUGAUUACAGAAGUCCUACUUGACAAUCACAUUUAGAAGAACGGUGCUAUUCAGUAAGUUCUCUUUCCUUUCCCUUGGAGGGAAGACAGCAGUCAUCAGUUAAAAAAAAAAAAAAAAAAAAAAACAAACCAAACACCUCCCUUGAAUGAAUUUAUACUCCUGUUCCCAGGAUCUUGAGCUUUAGUGUGCUAUAUCUAUGUGUCUUAUCGUGGGCCACUGUGCCAAUAAACAAAAACAACUGUUUGGUUUACCUCAGUUGCAGUAGUUAUUUUCAUUUAGAUGUUGUUCUCAGAUUAUUGUUUCAGUUAUAUAGAGGAUUACUAGACUAGUUAUGAAGAAACCCCACUACAUUCAAUGGAAUUGGUGCUUAAAAUCCCAUCGAUGUCCUGUCUCUGGAGUGAUAAGAAAGGGCUACAUCGCCCGAAAUGAUUUCUUUACGUCACAUAUUGGUUUCCUUCUUCAGCUUGAACUUUUGUUGAACUGUAUGUACUUUACCCCAAACCUGUUAAUAUUUUGAGCGCUUCUAUGUGAAAGCAAAGAAAUAAUUUUAAUACUCUGGC